AUUACAUCAAAUAAAUACUAAAUAGCCGAACCACUUUCGCUCUAAAUUUGAAAAAAAAAAGUUGAUCGAAGUUAUUAAAGAUUUAGCCGACCCGACUCAGCUGCGAGUCCAUGGCCAUGUCAUUUGGAAAUUUCUAGCAUCACAUUACAGUCCCACCAAUUGAGACUCGUGUGCGUGCCGGUGACUUUGGUUGGUUUGGUUGACAGUUGAUCGUUGAAUUAGGCCUAAGUAACGACAGUUACGUUGAUGAAUUCAGCUCAUUCAUUCUUCAGUUCACUCACCUCAGGAGGCAGAUCACCCUGUUUGAUAUGUAAAUAGAGACCAUGGCCGAGGAACUGAUUUCAACCCCCAGACUAACUGACAAUGGGCUUGACAACUGUGUUACUCCAGAGAGUUGGGAGAUGCGACCCGAAGCCAUUACUCCUGGGAAGCAUCUGCAAAUUUUGACCCCUAAUGACCAGGCAGAGACAAUGCCUUGUACCGGUGAUGAUGGCCGUUCAUAUUCUUUCAGUGGGUUCAUGGAAUUUGACAUGUAUGAAACACCACCGGGGGCACAACUAUAUAGAGAUCAAUGUACUGAUGACAUUUUAUGUAUGUCUUAUCAAGAAAUGGAUACUCCAAGCAAAGCGGAUGUUGCUUCUCCUGAGUCCCGCGCUGGAACACCUGAUGAAAUGGUCAACUUACCUGAAAACCCUCCACUUCAAGCUGAUAAUGAAGAAGGCUAUUUUGCAUACAAGGGUACACAAAAUAAUACCGAGAUUGCAUUGACUCGUGGUGAGCCUUCACUUGAAGCUUAUGAGGAAGGAGGCUAUUCUCCAAGCAGGGAUGUCCAGGAUAAUACUGAUAUUGCUUUGAAUGGUGAAGUUCAAAAUUGUGAGUAUGAAACUAAAAACAAUGCUGAGGAGUUUAUCAAGCUUGGGGACAGUGGUUUGCAGAGUUCUCUCAAUGAAAAUGAAAUAGACAGUCAGCAACUUAAACAACAUGAAGUUGAGGAAUGUAUCCUGGAAAGAUUAGACCAGCAGAAUUAUCCUGAACAAGAAGAUGAAGUUGGAGAGAUAACUCCAAUAGCACUGCCUGCAAUGAACCACCAAACUUUCAAAAAUGAACCUCAGCCAUCACCUAAAGUUGAUUCACUACAUGGCUCAUAUCUCCUUAACUGUAAUUUAUCCCCAGCUUUUAUCGAUACCCAAACAGCAGAAGUAUGCCACUCAGAAGAGACAACAGAAUAUCAUACAGAAUACCCAAAUUGUCUUACUGGAAAAGAUACAGAAGAUUGCAAGGUUGAAUGCCAAGGGGAACCAGAAGUACCACUGAAAUCUUCACCUUUUCUUUCAGAGAAUGCAAUCUCUUCUCUCAUUUCGAUGGGGGUUCCCCGAGAUGCUGAUGAGAUGGAUCAACUUGCAGACUUCCUCAAUAUGGAUGACCCCUUCACUGAACCUGUAGUAUCUCUAACUUCAGCUGGUUCAUGCACAGUUCAAUCAAGUGACAUUACUUCUGAAGUAAUGAAUAGUGUUCCCAUGGAUGUUGAAAAAAUUGUAAGCCCACCGGCACCAUCCAAAAGGAAAAAGAGACGAAAGAAAGUUGUUACAGUCACUGAAAGACGGAGAUCUGUCAGGAUUGCUAGAAGAGAGUCUCUGCUGAAUUCACCUGAUGUUGGUCUAGCCAAAGGUACUUCUGGGAUAUUACCAACCUGUGAUCAGAAAAUUAUAAGAGAAAGUGUAAUAGGUAAUUUCCAGGAAGACCACAAAGAUCACGAUGAAUCACGAGGUGUCAUUCAUCAGGAAGUGGGGGAGAGCAGCUCUGCAUUGAAUUAUAUGGAGAUCAACACUUUAGAUUCCAGGCCAAUGAUAGAACCUAUCACAGUGACGGAACCUGGAGAUGCUAAAGAAUUGGGACAUUUGAAAAUUGAUUUACCCAUGACUCAAAAGAGGAAGAAAAAAGCCAACAGUGGAAGAAGAAGAUCAGUAAGGUUAUUGAAACAAGAUAAAGACAAUGAAGAUAACGACAUUGAAGCUGUUGCCAAAAAGCCUGUAGGAGACAAGGAAGAAACAAAGUGUGACAGUGUUUUCUUGGCAAAUUUUGCUGACUUUGGAUUGGGCGAUGAUUGGAUGCCGGGAGAGAUGUUUGGUGAAAGCCAGUUUGCCAAGACACCAAGGGAUAAAUCUUCUAGAAGAAAGUCGGCUCGCUUGAGUGGGGUCCAUAUUCCACUCUUAGAACUUAAAAGCAAGUCAGAGGUGAAAGUCUAUGGAGUAGACCAAGCCUGUUACGCUGAUGUCCCUGAUGUUUCAAUGGGGAAUGCACAUGUACCAGACCCUGCAUUAACUCUCUUAUCCACACCUCCUCCCAUGAUCAGUGUUUCACAGCUGUUUCAGGAUUCUGUUGAAAGUAACAAUGAAAAUAUCACAGAGGUUUCUCUUCAGAAACAAGAUACAAUCAAACCAUCAAAAAGGAAGAAGAAGGGAUCGUGCUCUAAAAGGAGAAGAUCUAUACGACUUACCAAGAAGCCAGAGGAAGAGCCAAGAUGUGUUACAGAUUACAAGCAAGAAAACUGGAACGCGGCGCCCAUCAAGAAGGCUGCUACAAAUUACAAAAGAAAGGAAAUUGCACCUGAUGUUUUACGAGAAGUGAAGGUUACAAGCUGUGAUAACAUCUUCCAGGAGCCAUUGACAGAAGGAGAGCUGUUCACCGGUCUGAAACCACAUGUGGAUGAUGUUCCAAUGGAUUCAGAUGAUUGCUAUGGAGAGUCAUCAGAGGUCAUGGACUUCCAAAAAGUGGUGGUGAAAUCAAAUGUGAAAAGAGAUACACCUCUCAUGGGUAGGAAGAGGGUCUCCAGGAUCUCAGAGAAGGACAAAGAAAUAGAUGAUGCCAUUGCACAAGAGCAAAGUUGUCCAAAGAAAAGAACUCCCGCUGAGAAACAGGGUGAUCCGGAACAAGAUCAUCAACAGCCACCUGAAGAUAUUGCUGAAGGGAUUGAAGGAUCAAGUGACAAUAAUUUUCGGGUCUCAAAUAAGGUUAAAUCUUUGUAUCUUAAAAAAGGAGCAGCAGGUACGAAGAAGCACAACUUAGAGACAAUCUUUGAGAGUCCAAAGAAAAGAGCGACAGGCACUCCUGUGAAUCUCCUAGGAAAGAAGAAAUUGAAGCGAAGUGUUGUAUUCACUGAGACACCAUGGUUGGGGAGGACGGGAAGAACAAAGGGCAGGAAAGUUAAAAAGGGAAAACAAGUGAAAAGAGUACUGAGCAGUACAGUAGAGAAGAGCUGGAAGCUUGAUUUAAGACUAUCUGAUCUGAAUAUCCUAUCGAUAUGAAAUAUCAAAGAAAAUUUAAAAACCAUCUAAACUUAAUAUUGUAUUGUUUUCAUAUAUUUGUUAUCAACUUAUUAUUAUUAGUAUUAUUACAAUCUCUUUGGAGAAUUUUGACUUCCAGAAGGUAAAUUAUACACAUCUUGCAUAAUCUGUUGUUAGAAAUAUCUCCAAUAUAGGUGACUUUUCAAUUUUUAGAAGGUUGACUUUUGCAGAGUUGAUUGAUAUUGUUAUUAUCAUCAUUAUAUUUUUUAUCAUUAUUAUGAAUAUUAUCAUCUUUAUUAUUUUUCAUGUCUAAAAUCUAUGAUUAUCUAGGCCUUAGUGAGAAUCGAUGUUAGAGAGGACCUACAUGCAAGCGGGAGUUUUGAACAAUGGGAGAUAACAAAAGAAUUCUCCUUUAAAAUUUUCAUGUCAAUUAAUAAGAAUGAUAAAUAUCAAUAGGCUAUUUGGUAGUAUUUUUAUUAGUAUAUAAAGAAGUUGUCUAAUACAAUCAUGUGUUUGAGCUACACAAAUACUCUGUCCAUUGAACCCAUUUACAUAUUCAGGUGACAUCAGAGUUGCCAACCCUUACAGAAUUUAAUGAGAUGUGUUCUAAUGUACAUUCAUUGUAAAUUUCCCGAUUGAAUGACUGAGCGAAAACCUUUUAAUAUGUUUUGUCUCGUAAGAAAACAUUUGGUUCAGCCGUUUGGUUAUUCACAUUGUUAUUUCUUAUCUGAUUAAUAUUCCGUAAUGGUAGGCAUCUCUGUGACAUGUAGAUUUUUUGUCUUUUUUUGAUGUAACAAUAUUUGGGAUAUCUGUUGCUAUUGUUUCUGAAAAAAAAAAUAUUGGAAUGCUUUUGUAUGUGUAUGUCUUUGCACAUUCUGUCUCUAUUGGAUUUUUAAAAAAUCUGAGAAUAUUUUGAUUAAUCCACCCACAAGAUUAUAAAUGGUCAAAUUUAUAGUGAUCAUGUCACUUAUUUUCUUUUAUCAUUGUAAUUUGUAAUUACGCAUCUACUGGUGUCACAAAAAGAGAAACUUCUCACCAUCAGUAGAUUGACAACUUUGUUCAAUAUUGUGCUACACUUGGGUUUGAGAAGUCAAACAUCAGGAGAUUCAUACAAGAUGAUCAGUAAAUCAAAAUCCUUUACAUGUGGAGAAUCAAAAUGAUGAUCAUAUCAAUCGAAUUAUAAUAGAAACAUAUUCAUGUGAAUUGUUUUCAGAGGGUGGUUAAAAGAUAUUGCAGGAAUAAGUUACUAAUAAUUUAAUAUCUAAUAACUUUAGAGAGGUGCCAAGAUUUGUAUUCCAUUACCAUGCUCUGUACAUCUCAUGUAUAAAGGUGUAAUUUGUUAAGACAGGAAAAUUAAUUCUCUUUAAUACUCUUUAUAAUUAUAUUGAUUCUCAUGUAAAUAUACAUAUUACAAAAAGUAAAUUCAGCUUAAAUCAAAAUGGAUAACUAUCAAAAGAAAAGGAUUUGAGCAAAAAUUUUCCAAAAAUUUAUUUAUCUGUAAAAAUGAAAUUGAUCCAUCAGUUUAUGCAUGAGUGAGCAGACAUUAAUGGCAAAUUUGCCAUUCUAUGGAUUUUAUUAUAGGGCAGGUCCAA